AUGCUUAAACAACUGGGUAAUGCAAUAUCUCAUCCUUUAGAAGACUCCGAUAUUCUGCCAUACAGCAGGGUUAGAAAGUUUGAUGCUAAAACUAAAAUACCACGCUCUGUAAUAGUUAAACUAGCUAGUGCACGUAUUAGGGAUGGUGUUUUGGCGGCAGUUGUAAAAUUCAGUAAAGCCCAUCCAAAGGAAAAGCUGAACUCUGAUCAUCUGAGGUACGGUGGAGAUGCAUCAGUGGUUUAUGUGACUAAACAUCUCAGCCCACAUAUGAAGGGACUUCACGCUGAAACGAGAAAAUUAGCUCGAGAAAAGGGCUUCAAACACACCAUUGAGGUGGAAAUUCUUACGGGUUGUGGCGUCGGCGAGGCAGUAUUUAUACCACGCAUUCCCCUCAUACCUCAUAACUUCCCGUUCGAGUUCAAGUGCGUACAGUUCCCCGUGAGUGUUUGCUUCGCGAUGAUCAUCAAUAAGUCGCAGGGGCAGACACUGAGGGCAGAGGGAGUCGACCUCAGGGCGAGCUGCUUCUCACACGCACACGCCCUAGCUGAAAGCUCAGCAGGGCGGACGACUUCCUCGACGCGAGCGCCUCUAUCGGCCGAAGCGAAGUACUACGCGCCGCGCAGUGAUUGGGCGCGCGGCGUGACGUCACGCUGCAUCGGACCAAUGGGGGGGAGCGCGUUCGUGGCCGGCCGCAGUCCUCGUCGCCGCGCCUUCGCAAGAGCCGUGUGUCGGUGUCGCCUCCCCCCGCGCCCCGCGACGACCCGUCUCGCCCGCAUUCUAGUCGUGGGUGUCGCUCCGUGCAGUCCUCGCGUGUGCCGCCGAACUCAGUGCGCCGUUUGUGAGUGCUUUAGUUCCCGCUCGAGUGUCAGUGUGACGGAGAACCCGGUGACCUGCCGCGGAGGAUGUUAA